AAAGAAGAUGUGUUGAACUUCACUAAUCUUAGCAACGGCAACGCUACCGUUGUCUUUUUUCGGUGCGUCGUGUGUGGAAAAGUGGAUUCGUUCGUUGUUCGGGAGUUCCUUGUCCCGCCGAAUCGAGUUGGAACAUGGAGCCCCCCAUUAGUCGAUGAACAUCAUUCUAGUGAGACCAAUGAAAAGGACACCCAGCAAUGUGCCACGAGUUCUUCAACCUCAAGCUCGAACGGAGGACUGAGCAGCAAGUAGUUCGAAUUCUUCGGAUGUGCCAUCAUGUCAACUGAGAUUCGAUCCUGCGACAACUGUCAAAGAAGCCACGGUCAAGAAGUCAGUGGGAUUGUCGUUGGUCCAGCUCCGAUCUACGAGUCGAGGUCUUGCUCAAAAUCAUCGCCGUCAUAAUAAUACGUAUCGUAUUUGUAGCCCUUGCAUUGAAAAGUGACCAGCAUGAUGGCGGUGGAAUGUGCGGGUUGCUCAAGACCCAUCCUGGACAGAUUCCUCUUGCACUUCCUGGAUAAAACGUGGCAUUCGUCAUGUGUCAAGUGUCAGAUUUGCCGAAAAUUAUUAGACGAGAAAUGCUUCUAUCGAGAAGGAAAAAUCUACUGCAGAGAAGACUUCUAUCGGUGUUUCGGUCCAAAAUGUGCUGGCUGUGGUGAGGGCAUCGUUCCACAGGAUUAUGUGCGGAAGGCCCGCGACAAAGUGUACCAUCUUCGGUGUUUUGCUUGUUCAAUGUGUUCCAAACAAUUGUCCACGGGUGAGGUGCUCUACCUUCAACCGGGUGACGACACGCUUCUAUGCAAAGAUGACUAUCUCAAACAUCACCAAGACUCGCUCUUCUCGGAUGAAGAUGAGGAAGUUGAUGACCAAGUGUCUAUCCCGGGUAUUGGCGAUCAUCAUAGUCCUCAUCUGCCGCCUCCACCUCUGCCCCCACCUCCAGUUGGUCAUACCCUGAUGGACCCAGCGACCUCACCCUACCAUCCCAUGCCUCCUCAUGGCAAGAUGGAGACCAAUAACAACUCGUUAGCUUCAGAUAAGACCAUUCAUGGUAGUCAAGACCACGUGAUGAUAAAGUCCGAUAUGGACAACGACUCGCUGGACGGCGAUGGCCUGGAUAGUAAAGGCUGCGAAGACAGUGAGAACAAAAGCCCGGAUGACUCGGCGGCCGGAAAGAGACGGGGUCCAAGGACGACAAUCAAAGCCAAACAAUUGGAAGUCUUGAAAACUGCAUUUUCUCAAACACCCAAACCCACGCGACACAUACGCGAGCAAUUGGCCAAGGAGACAGGGCUCAGUAUGCGUGUGAUACAGGUUUGGUUUCAAAACAAGCGAAGCAAAGAGAGACGCAUGAAGCAGAUGACGAACAGUAUGGUGGCGGGUAGAGGAUUCUUUCCGGGUAAAGGCGGGCGACGGGGAUUUCCAUUGAUCGGUGAUGAGUUCGGAUACUUUCCCCACGAUAAGCCCUAUCACGAUUUUGGGUACCCUCCCAACUUCGCUCCCCCGCCGGAUGGCUUUUUCCCCAUCCCACCUGGUCCAAUGGGCUACAUGGGACCCGGGGGUCCCAAUAUGGACCAGCCUCUACCCAUGCACGGUGGUCCCAUGAACGGCCCAAUGGGUCCACCCCAGUCCAUGCCCCCGAGCUCCGGAGCGCCCGAUUUCUCGGGUCCCGGCUCAGAAUUCCCCCUUGGAGAGAUGGUCCCGCCCAACAGUAAUUCUAGUCCAGAAGAUGACUUCAAUUCCAAUCCAGGCUCUGGCAACCCAGGUUCUAACCAAAAUGGAGUGACCCCCACCGGUGGAAAUGCCGGAGGAGGUGGAGGAGGAAUAGGCGGUAACCCUGUGGGAGGCGGGGUAAUCAAUGGUCCCAAUUCGAACGGCAAUGGAACAGGGAACUCGAACAAUAGUAAUAGUAAUGGUAGCUUUUCGUCACCUUCUCACAAUGGAGUGGGCUCAGGAGAUGAGCAGAUGGUUUGGUGAGGAAGAAUGGCUGACUCGUGAUAGUGAUGGUGGUCCAAACUCAACGUCCCAACAGAACAAAAACAGCAGCAACAACAACAACAACAACAACCUCAACCUCAACAAUAUGCCAGUGUCGUCGUGUUCGUUGUUGUUGUACUAGCGGUGAUGGCUAUGGAGGUGGUGGUGGUUGCUCCAACUACUUCGAAUUGAUCCCCGCUGCCAAAACUCCUCGUCCCAAGAGUGCCAUCCAAUUUGCUGAUACUUUCCUCUAAACUUCUACUCUCUCAAACAAAAGAAUAGCAUUUUACCGACUUGAUACGUGCAAAAUUGAGUGAGCAACCCAGGAGACCUCAGAGUCAGAGCCUAACCAGCGACCAGCGAGCUUCACCCGCCAAUGAGUCAUGGACGAGCCCAGAUUAUUUGAUAGAGUGUGUUCCUAAUCCGUCUUUGUUAAAUCAUCUACUACUACUUCUAUUACUAAACUAUCAACCACUCAACUACUACUACUACUACUACUACUACUACUACUACUAUCACAACUCCUACAACUGCAACUACCAGCGCUAUCAUCAUUAUUAUAUACGUUUAAUUUUUAUUGUGAGAAUUUGCUGUCAUUUCUAAUGUACUGGAAAUAUAUUCCAAUCAUGUUCUAUCAGAAAAACAAAAGAUGAUUC